AGCAAGGCAGAGAGGGAGAGGGAGAGGGGGGAGAGAGAGGGAGAGAGAGACACUAGAGAGGGAGAGAGAAGGGGGGGAGACAGAGAGAGACAGAGAUCAGAUCUGAAGGGAGGAGGGAGAGACGACUCAGAAAGUGGAAUCUGCACAAGCAACCUAGAGGAGGAGGAGAAAAAUCCCGAAUCCUUAUAACGGCACCCCAGAUGCAACGCAAGCAACGACUCCGUCGCACUGAAAUAGAUGUUGUGCGGGCCAAAAGUAUAAAUUACGAAGCAGAAAUGAAUAUCAAACAACUUCCAGCGGUUUGCACCUAGAGAAAGACAAGAAGAGCCCACUGCAAACAAACCAACCUAAACAACGCCUCCAGUCGGAAAAGAGGGAAACCGCGACAACACGACCCCCGGAGCAGAGACGAGACCAACACGCGGAGACCGCGGGCGUCUGCAAACGUCCGCGCGCGCCGCCCGAGUUGCGCUUCGCCGCUGGCCGGACAUUAAUUACAUCCUUCACCUUGCAUUUGGGGGAGGGUGAGGAGGAAGGCACUCACCUACCCUGACCGGAGAAGUCCUAUCAGCGUCGGGGAGAAGUUUAAGAAUGAACCACUGAAUGUUUCGCUUUUAUUUUUAAAUUUUCUCUAGCACUUAAGAGACCUCAUUUCCAGAUAUCUGGGCCAUCUCGGCUGCAGACAUCUAAACCUAACCUCUCGGUAACCUGAAUUUUUCUUUCAGGCACCCACUCCCAGCGGCCCCCCUCGCAACAGCACGAGGUCAUUUUAUUUUACAUAUCAACGAAAAACAAAACCAGUCCCAGCAGGGCCUUUUCUUUAAAAAAAAAUUUUUUUUUCCUUUAUUUUUUUUUUUCUUCUAAUUUUCUGCCGGAAGACCCAAAGAGGUUUCGAAAAAGGGAAAGGAAAGAGCCAGCCGGCUGUGGCCGCAGCCGGUCAGCCCAGGUGGACAGCAGAGUGCAAGUGGGGCUGCAGGGGGAGCGCACCGCCUCUUUGGAAAGCCGCAGGGCCACCACCAGUGCCUGAGCCUUGGAUCCCUCAACGUACUGCGAGACGCCGGUGUACAGCCCGGACCUGUGCCCCAACAUGAUCGCCGCGCAGGCCAAGCUGGUCUACCAGCUCAAUAAAUACUACACCGAGCGCUGCCAGGCGCGCAAGGCGGCCAUCGCCAAGACCAUCCGCGAGGUCUGCAAGGUGGUCUCGGACGUGCUGAAGGAAGUGGAGGUGCAGGAGCCGCGCUUCAUCAGCUCGCUGAGCGAGAUCGAUGCGCGCUACGAGGGGCUCGAGGUCAUCUCGCCCACGGAGUUCGAGGUGGUGCUCUACCUCAACCAGAUGGGCGUCUUCAACUUCGUGGACGACGGCUCGCUGCCUGGCUGCGCCGUGCUCAAGUUGAGCGACGGGCGCAAGCGGAGCAUGUCCCUCUGGGUCGAGUUCAUCACGGCGUCCGGCUACCUCUCUGCGCGCAAGAUCCGCUCGCGCUUCCAAACGCUGGUGGCCCAGGCGGUGGACAAGUGCAGCUACCGGGACGUGGUCAAGAUGAUCGCGGACACCAGCGAGGUCAAGCUGCGCAUCCGCGAGCGCUACGUGGUGCAGAUCACGCCGGCGUUCAAGUGCACCGGGAUCUGGCCUCGCAGCGCGGCGCAGUGGCCCAUGCCUCACAUCCCCUGGCCUGGCCCCAACCGUGUGGCCGAGGUCAAGGCCGAAGGGUUCAACUUGCUGUCCAAGGAGUGCUACUCGCUGACCGGCAAGCAGAGCUCGGCAGAGAGCGACGCCUGGGUGCUGCAGUUCGGGGAGGCGGAGAACCGGCUGCUGAUGGGCGGCUGCCGGAACAAGUGUCUGUCGGUGCUGAAGACGCUGCGGGACCGCCACCUGGAGCUGCCGGGCCAGCCGCUCAACAACUACCACAUGAAGACGCUGCUGCUGUAUGAGUGCGAGAAGCACCCGCGGGAAACGGACUGGGACGAGGCGUGCCUGGGCGACCGGCUCAACGGUAUCCUCCUGCAGCUCAUCUCCUGCCUGCAGUGCCGCCGCUGCCCCCACUACUUUCUGCCCAACCUCGACCUCUUCCAGGGCAAGCCCCACUCGGCCCUGGAGAGCGCUGCCAAGCAGACCUGGAGGUUGGCCAGGGAAAUUCUCACCAAUCCCAAAAGCCUGGACAAGCUAUAGGGUGCUGGGGACCGCUUGAAAAGCGACGCAAACGGGCGUGCUCUCUCCUACCCACGGCACACAACUACUCAGCAACCGACAGAGCAAACUCCGGACUCUAACUUUUAUGUAAGUCACCUGAAAGAACCCGGAAUCCGCGAAGACCUCCGUCAAUUACGAAGAGAGCAGACCAACGACCCCCCCACCCAUCACAUUCUUGCACAAAGUGAUCGUUUUCUUCCAAACAAUGUGAAUUUAAAAGGUCACACAAAAGAAGCAAUCGGUCUUUGCCACCACAAAAUGAAACCCAAGGUACAUUUUCAAAUCAAUGUAUAGUAGCUUCCCCGUUCCUUCUUUUACCCCAUUCUCUCUCUCUCUCUCUCUCUCUCUGGCUAUCGCUAACUCAUUUUGUUUUUGGUUGCCUGAAUGUUGUCACCAAGUGAAAAAUUUAUUUAACUAUAUGUAAAAAUUUCUCUUUUAAAAAAAGUUUUACUGAUGUUAAAUGUAUCUCAGUGCCAAUGUCAGAUGUGUCCCUCCCUCUCUUGCACCUUUACCCUCACCCGAAGCCGUCUUGUUGAAAACAGUAAUAAAAAUAUGACUUUGCAUUGUAAUUGUUUGUGGAUUGUUCUUAAAUAAAGACAGGUAAAAUCAGUUUGCAAUGUAAAGAUGUGAAACUAAAGUAAGAGGUUUCCAUCUGAACUCUUCAUUUGCAAAAUUUAAAAGACAGCACAUGCAAAAUUCACUCUACAAGUUCCCAU